UUGCUGUAAGUUUGAUGUAACUUUGUAGAAGAGUCAGUAUACUCAUUUUUGUUUUAUCAUCUUGUUGUUAGGAUUUAGUGAACCAGAUUUAAUAUCAUGGAUGAGCAUGAGUCUAAUAGUAGUCCUCCUCCAAGUAAAGAUCAUGAAACUGAAACUGUGUGUAAUGAGUAUGAGUCUAAGAAUGUUGAUGCGGUUGAAGAGGAUAUGGAUGAUAGUGUAAAACUUAGAGAAUCCUCUAGUAGUAAGAAAACUGAAAAGUCAAGAACUUCUGAUGUAUGGAAAUAUUUUACAAGGAUUGGGGCUGGUGAUGAUGGAAAAGAGAGGGCAAAGUGUAAUGGGUGCAACAAAAAAUAUGUUAUUGGUAGUCAAAGUGGCACAUCUCAUCUGAAGCGUCACAUGGAGAAAUGUACUAAACUUAAAUUUGAAGAUGUUAGGCAAAUGAUAGUGGAUGGGCAAGGAAAGUUAAAAGCUAGAAGAAUAGAUCCAAUGGUUUGCCGUCAGUUGUGUGCCAAUUUAAUUAUCCAACACGGUUUACCUUUCAACUUUGUUGAGUAUGAAGCUCUUAGAAUUUGGAUAAGCUAUAUCAAUCCUGAUGCAUGUUUAGUUUCUAGAAAUACAAUAAAGAAUGAUGUCAUGAAAAUACAUAUGAAAGAAAAAAAAAAUGCUAAAGGAGGAGUUCAGGAAAAUCAGAAAUAGGAUUUGUUUGACAUCCGAUUUGUGGACUUCUAUAACUGGUGAGGGAUAUAUUGUUCUGACAGCACAUUAUGUUAACACAAAUUGGAAAUUGUGCUCUAAAAUUUUGAACUUUUGCCACUUCCCACCACCUCACACUGGCUUUGAGCUAUCAAAGAAACAUUGGGCUAUUGCUUUGAGAAGAUAGAUCCUCUAACUUGGGAAGCAAAGUUAGAGAAGAUUAAAGAAAAAUUGUACAAGUUGUUCUCUGAAUAUUGCUCCAAGAAUGACACUUCCAAUCCCCUAAAGCGUAAGUAUAU